CAACUGUGCACGCCUCAGAACGUGAACUGCCGUGAUCUGGAGGGCCGUCACUCGACUCCUCUGCACUUCGCAGCCGGGUACAACCGAGUGGCUGUCGUCGAGUAUCUGUUGCACCACGGAGCCGACGUGCACGCCAAAGACAAGGGCGGUCUGGUUCCUCUCCACAACGCCUGCUCCUACGGACACUAUGAGGUGGCCGAGCUGCUGGUCAGACACGGAGCCUCGGUGAACGUGGCCGACCUCUGGAAGUUCACCCCGCUCCACGAGGCUGCAGCCAAGGGCAAAUAUGAGAUCUGCAAACUGCUGCUCAAACACGGAGCCGACCCGUCCAAGAAGAACCGCGACGGCAACAUGCCUCUGGACAUGGUGAAGGACGGAGACACGGACAUCCAGGACCUCCUGAGGGGAGACGCCGCUCUGCUGGACGCCGCCAAGAAGGGCUGCCUGGCAAGGGUCCAGAAACUCUGCUCCCCCGAAAACAUCAACUGCAGAGACACACAGGGACGCAACUCCACCCCGCUGCACCUCGCAG